UGGCGGUGGCUAGAGGCCGGGGCAGCGCAGUCUGCUGCUGCCGCCGCCGCCGCCGCCCGUCCUCGCGAACCAAGCCCGGACACCAUGCUGCAAGAAGAGUGACCCCUUCCUCUGUUUCCACAAUGGAGGACUCGGGAAAGACUUUCAGCUCUGAGGAGGAAGAAGCAAGCUACUGGAAAGAUCUGGCCAUGACCUACAAGCAGAGGGCUGAAAAUACCCAAGAGGAGCUGCGAGAGUUCCAGGAGGGAAGCCGCGAGUAUGAAGCCGAACUGGAGACGCAGCUGCAACAGAUUGAAACCAGGAACAGGGACCUCCUGUCGGAAAAUAAUCGCCUUCGCCUGGAGCUAGAAACCAUCAAGGACAAGUUUGAAACGCAGCACUCUGAAGGCCACCGGCAGAUCUCAGCCUUAGAGGAUGACCUCGCCCAGACCAAAGCAAUCAAGGAUCAACUUCAGAAAUACAUCAGAGAGCUGGAGCAAGCCAACGAUGACUUGGAAAGAGCAAAACGGGCCACAAUCAUGUCUCUGGAGGACUUUGAGCAGCGUUUGAAUCAAGCCAUUGAGAGAAAUGCCUUCCUGGAGAGUGAACUUGAUGAGAAGGAGAAUCUUCUUGAAUCUGUUCAGCGCCUGAAAGAUGAAGCCAGAGAUUUGCGGCAGGAAUUGGCUGUGCAGCAGAAGCAGGAGAAACCCAGGACGCCCAUGCCCAACUCGGUGGAGGCCAACAAGACAGACACAGCUGUGCAGGCCACGGGCUCCGUGCCGUCCACCCCCAUAGCUCAUCGGGGACCCAGCGCCAGCUUAAACACACCGGGGACGUUCAGACGUGGUCUGGAUGACUCCACGGGUGGGACCCCCCUCACGCCCGCAGCCCGGAUAUCGGCCCUCAACAUUGUGGGAGACCUGCUGCGGAAAGUAGGGGCGCUGGAGUCCAAACUUGCAUCCUGCCGGAACUUCGUGUACGAUCAGUCCCCAAACCGAACAAGCGGCCCGGCCUCAGGGCGGGGGAGCAAACACAGAGAUGGCGGUGGCGAGAGACAGCCAAGCAGCAGCGGCGUGCCUCUAGGUGACAAAGGGUUGGGAAAACGCCUGGAAUUUGGGAAGCCGCCUUCAAAUAUUUCCUCACCAUCGCUGCCGUCAGCCCAGGGUGUAGUCAAGAUGUUGCUUUAGGAAAUCCACGGAAGCCGAAGCCCCUGGUGUGUCUGUGUGGGAGUCGUUGCUUUUCUUUCCCUCCUUAAACUAGGUUUUUGCUUUGUUUAAGUUAGUUUAAGAACUACGAGCAAACAGUCACACUAGCCACUGAGGCCAUCGCCUAUGGCCCCUGGUAGCUGUCCCCGUGAAAUGUUGUCUCCUGCUCCCCAGCCUCCUUGCCAGUGCGUUGCAAAUCGACAGGGACAAACCGGACCCUCUGGACAGGGCUCCGCGGUGUGGAUGCUUAGGCCACCCCAUCAUUUUGAACUGACCUGAGUGUUGAAGGAUUUGGGGAUGUUUUUUUAAUGACUGGAGAUGCCUUAAAAAUGGGAUGUGAGCCCAUCUCAGGCCCAGGCUAUCUUCCAUAAGAAAAUCUCCGUGCUCUGUGGCACCAGAAGGGUCUGUGUACUGAAAUUGUGUCUAAGAGAGAAGAGUAGGAUAGGCACGUGCCUUUUUUUAAAAAAACACACUAUGGUGUAGUUUACCUCUGGGACUCACUCUGCCUCUCACUGAGGCGUUGGGAGCUGUGCUUGUAUUUCAGAGGCGAUCUUGUGUGGACAAGGGCAAUGGAAACAUCUGUAUCUUCUUUAGAUCGUUCCCGAUAGUUGGGUUUCCUGGAACUUGUGCCCUGGCCCUGGGGGUGACCUCCCCUAACGGUCAUUGGGGUGGUGUGGCCUUAUGAGUACAGCCCCUAAGAACAGAACUUCAUUCAAACCCAGGAUAAAAUAACCAUGGUGGCCUCCACAUAGGAUUGAACCACAGGAUUGUUGUUGGAAGCUUCCUUGUGAAAGAAGACACAAACACGGGAUUUUCACGUGGACGGAGUAUGUGCUCAGCCCUGCCCAUCGUGAACGGCUGGCUCACACUUUUGGAGGCAAGUUAAAAAGAACACGUGAAUUUGGGAGCAUGCGCGCAGCUUAACCACCCUUUGUUACUAAGUUAUUUUUCCAAGAGAAUAGCAGAAAUAUCCUUGAGUUGAAAAUAGAACUUUUCAAGUGCUUUUGAAAUUCAACAGAGAAUGAAUCUCUGGUGCCCAGUUCAUUACCAUGGGAACAUUCUAACCUGUAUGGGGAAAAGACGGACUUCUAUUUUU